AUGCCAAAUAACGACAACCAUGAUGCCCAGUUACUGCGGCACUAUGCCCAGUUUUUCCCCAAUGUUCUUUUCACAUCCGAGGAAGAGAUGGAGAAGUACUGUCAAGAGGCCAGACCAGAAACGCUUAAAAAAGUUCUCGACCUUCCGGAGGGUGAAGAGGUACCAGAGGAUGGUACCAAAGAUCCACGCACACAUAUGUAUAUAUUAAAGCAUAUUGUUGGACGUAAUGCCACUACAGCGGCAUUCGUCGCACUUCGAGGCUCUGAUAAACAAAAAGUGGUGGCCAAAUUUGUUAUGCUUAAUGAUGAAAAACAAGCAGCAUAUGCACGAAGUGAAGUGCAUUGUUUGGCAGCUUGUGAUCACUUUGGUAUUGUGAAACACUAUGACGAUUUAAAAUCAGAAGAUAAAUUGCUUUUGAUUAUGGAAUAUGGAAGUGGAGGUGAUCUAAACAAACAGAUAAAACAACGUCUAAAGGAGCGAUUACCUUUUAAAGAACAUGAGGUUGGAUUGCUCUUUUAUCAAAUCGUAUUGGCAUUGGAUGAAGUACACAGCAGAAGAAUGAUGCAUCGUGAUUUAAAAAGUGCAAAUAUCUUUUUAAUGCCAACUGGUAUUAUAAAAUUGGGUGACUUUGGAUUUUCUAAGCAAUACAGCGAUUCUGUUUCUUUGGAUGUUGGUUCUUCCUUCUGUGGUACACCAUACUAUCUCGCACCGGAGUUAUGGGAAAGAAAAAGGUACAGUAAAAAGGCUGAUAUGUGGUCACUUGGUGUCAUUUUAUAUGAACUUUUAACUUUACAUCGUCCUUUUAAAGGUCCAUCUCAGCGUGAAAUUAUGCAACAGGUUUUAUACGGUAAAUAUGAUCCUUUUCCAUGCGGAGUAUCAGAAGGAAUGAAAGCGCUUAUGGAACCAUUACUAUCAAAAGAUCCUGCUCAACGACCAACUACAACACAAUUAUUACAAACAGAACUUAUGAAAUAUGUGGCUAAUAUAUUUGAAGAAAUUGUAAAGAAUUCAGAAGUUAUUGAAAAGCAUGAUAAGGAAAGAAUUCUAAAACAACUUGCUGAAAGUCGAACUAAAGUUCCUCUUUUACAAUCUGCUCAUUUUGGAUCUGUAAGUUCUGAUGUUGUUCAGGAAGGGUAUUUAUUAAAGUACAGUUCCGAUAUGAAAUGGAAAAAACGAUACUUUUCUAUUCGAAACGGUCAGUUGAGAAUAUCUCUUACAGAUAAUCCUGAAAAAGAUGGUGUAUCUCCAAAAUCUGCAAGUUUGGAAACUAUAAAUGAUAUAUUUCCAGUACCAGAGGCUUACUGUCGAUCUCACCCAAAUCAACUGGUCAUUUGGUUUAACAAUGGGCAGAAAAUUAUUGCUAUGGCAAGGUCUGCAGAGGAACGUGAUAUGUGGAUUUCACAAUUUCACCGUGCGUGUGGAAUGUAA